UGUUAGCUUAAUAUUUCUGCUACAAGCUAAUGUUGCUUUGUCGCUGUAAACAUUGAGUUUAGUCGUUUUUAGUAGAACGCAAGUUGUCUUUUAAAGGCUUUGUAGAAAAUGUUGAUUAUUAGCUGCUGACAACGUUGUUGAAACAACAGCUAAGAGCUGGUGAUGAAGAAAGAACGAUCGCCGAGUACGACGAAAAAGUCGGUCGUUUAAAAGCAGAAAACAGACGAUUUAAAGUGCAACGCUGAUUUCAAGCCUGAAGUAUACAGAGCAGACAUGCAGCAGUUCUCAGUGAGGAAAGAAGACUUUGUCCCUCAGCAGGAGUGGAAUCUGAGUGUGGACCAGGAAGACUUGAAGCGCACAAUUUUAAAAGCGGAACAGCAAGAACUGUGGACAAGUCAAGAAGAGCAGCUACACCAGUUGGAGGAGACAGAUUUCACAAUGUUCCCGUUUACUGUUGUCACUGUAAAGAUUGAAAAUGAUGAAAAACCCUCCCAGUCAUCACAGCUUUAUCAAAAUGAGACUGAUGACAGCCCAGAGGCAGAGCCUGUAGCCAGCAGUACGAAUGAAUACAGCAUGCUGAAAAUAAAGUCUGAUGAGGAGGACUGGGGACAACCACAAAUGGCCAGCAGCUCUGAUCCAUACAGUCAUUUGAAGUCUGAUAUGGAUGACAGGAGUUCAGACUGUCCUGAAACAGAAACUGAUGACAGUUCUGAAUGGAAGCAGACCUGGGUACCUCAUUCAGGUUUAGACUCUGUGAAAAACAGUGACAACACAUAUAACAUUGCUAAUAAACAAUUUAACUGCUCUGAAUGUGAAAAAACAUUUGGCCACAUAAAUGGUUUCAGAGAAUGCAAGAGACAUCAAGCAAGGGAGAAUCCAAUAAUGUGCCUUGAGUGUGGAAGGAUGUGGAGACAAAAGGGCCAUCUGAAUACAGACAUCAGAAUUCAUAAUGUACAGAAGUCAUUUGGCUGCUCUGAGUGUGGUAAAAGAUUUGGACUUAAGAGCAAUCUGAACAAACACAUGGGAAUUCACACAGGAGAGAAACCAUUUAGCUGUUCUGAGUGUAACAAAAGAUUUAGAAAUAAGAGCAAUCUUGCCACUCACAUGAAAAUUCAUACAGGAGAGAAACCAUUUAGUUGUUUGGAGUGUGGCAAGCAUUUUAGAGAAAAGGGCGGGUUGAAAACACAUAUGAGAAGUCAUACUGGAGAGAAACCAUUUGGCUGUUGUACAUGUGGUCGAAGAUUUAGAAAUAAGAGCGAUCUGGUUAAACAUAUGAGAAUUCAUACAGGUGAUAAACCAUUUGGUUGUUUCAUGUGUGGUAAAAGAUUUAGAAAUAAGAGCCACCUGAACAAACAUAUGGGAAUCCAUACAGGAGAGAAACCAUUUGGCUGUCCUGAAUGUGGGGAAAGAUUUCGAGAAAACCACAAUCUGAAUAAACAUGUCAGAAUUCAUACUGGAGAGAAACCAUUUGUCUGCUUUGAGUGUGGCACAAGAUUUAGAAGUGAGAGCAAUUUGAGUAGACACAUGAGAAUUCAUACAGGAGAGAAACCAUUUGGCUGUUCUGAUUGUGGUAGAACAUUUGCAGAAAAAGGUAGUCUAAACAGACACAUGAGAAUUCAUACGGGAGAGAAACCGUUUGGCUGUUUUGAAUGUGGCAAAAGCUUUAGAAAUAAGAGCAAUCUCAAUAAACACAUGAUAAUUCAUACAGGAGAUAAACCAUUUGGUUGCACUGAGUGUGGUAGAAGAUUUACAGAAAAGGGUAGUCUGAACACACACAUGAGAAUUCAUACGGGAGAGAAACCAUUUUGCUGUUUUCAGUGUAAUAAAAGCUUUAGAAAUAAGAGUGAUCUGAACAGACACAUGAAAUUUCAUACUUGAACCUAUUUGAUUUGUAAACCUGCAUGUGUAACUGAACCAGUUAUGGCUGAUUUUGUGUAAUGCCCGUAUACGAGGUAGAAGUCUAAAGUUAAACAUGAGACAUAUAGGAGGUUGUAUUAGCGAUGACAUGUAAAUAAAUGAGUGGUUGACCACUGAGCGUUCGCUCUUCAUAUGUGGCAUAUGAAAUGUUUGAAGACUAAAUAACAUUUGAUAUUAUUGACUUUUUAGGUUUGUUCAUUUUCAAGAUGAAAUGAGUAGAAGACUGGACUGGAUAAUAUAGAUGUUCAAAGCACUUUAUAAUGAUGCCUUACAUUCACCCACUCACAGUGAUGUCAUGGUGGCUCUAUGCAAGGCACUGGGAGCAACUUUGAGAUUAAGAACUUUGUUCAAGUGCAGGUUAGUGAGUUGACUGCUCUGAUUGGUAACCAAAUCAAGUGUCCUUUGGUCACAAGCCUGCUGCCCUCACCUCCCCAAACAACUAAGCUGGGUGCUGCAUC